AUGUCUUUGAGAAAGCAGGAAGCGCCACUAUCGCCCAUGGUAUACCAUCCACGGUCUGGCAACUUCCAGUUGGGGUCGGCUAGUCAUAGGGUGCCACUCACCGCGAUGUGCUUGACCAAGUUUGACGUGAAGAAGGGCAAUACAGUGCUGUGGACGACGUCGCUGGCGCCCGAACACAAGCUUCACAAUAUAGAGUUUAAGACUUUGCCUGCUGGGAUACAUGAAAGCGAGCAAGACUGGGUGAAUUUUGUGCUGCCCAAGGAGGACGGGGAAUUCUACUAUGGCGUGGCGCUGUUUAGCCAGAACGGCCUGCGGCUGGUGGAGGAGGAGCAGUCCCAUGGCGUGGACCGGUCGAGGGUGGAGAUGUACUCGCUGGCGGUGAUCACGGACCCGCAGUUCCGACUGGAUGCGAUGGCCGAGAGCAAGUACUACCGGUGGAAGCCCAACAUGUUUAUCUGCGCGAACGAGUACAAGGAGGACCUGGCGCAGCUGAUGGAGCAGUGGCUUAAGAGCAAGUCGCUCGAGGUGCUGGAACACUACUUCAGCUACAACAAGUACCAGCCGGACCUCGGGUCGCCCCUGCUAAUGCGGAAGUGGCCCGGUAGCUCGACGCUGACGGGCGGAAGUUACGAGGACUACGCACAGGGCAGCAAGGACGACGCUGAGACCUUCAAGCCGUCCAAGUCGUGGCUCUACCUGUUACCGGAGAUCAUAGAGCAGCUGGGGCCGUCGAUUUUCACACUGUGGAAGGCCUGCCUGCUCCGCCAGCGAAUAUUGGUGGUGAACGAGCACGGGCAGUCGUUCGAGCGGACGAACGCGCUGACAUACUGCCUCUCUGUGCUGUCGCUAAUUCCCCUGCAGCUGGAACGGAAGCUUGCGCACGCGAAUAUGCCGCUGCAGACAUUAUACACCAUUGGAAUUGCCGACUUGGACCACCUGACGGAUAUGGUCUCAGACGCGCUGCAUAAAUCCGAUCCCGACGGGCCGCACCUGCCCAGCUUUAUAGCUUGCACGAGCGAUGAAAUCCUUGCCGAGCGCGGCGAACUGUUUGAUAUGGUUGUCAAGCUUUCCAACUAUCACGGCGUGAAAGUGUACGCCCAUGGCACCGAAGUCCGUGCAACUCCCCACGAAUGGGAGUCGUUCCAAUAUCUUUCUGCCAACUUUCUCUAUCGGGAAUAUAGUGAGGUUGAGAUGAACGGCUAUAUGAAAAAUGUUGAGUCGUUGUCCUGGUCACAGUACAUUAUUGACGCACUCUAUUGGUGGUCCACCGCGGGCUACUUGCAGCCACCCUACCACAACACCUCCAACCUGCUUGCGAAUUGCGAUAGAGUUGACGAGAAGAAUGAGGUGGAGAUUGUCCUCGGUAUAGUAGAGUACUUCCACAGCAAAAUCACGCUGUUAUAUGAGAAGCUACAUGAGAUAAUCACAGACCCGGAUGCGGAUGCUAGCGAUCGCAUCGCGGUUCCUUCGCUAUUCCUGGCUGAGUGUGGUCUCGACUGCUUCAGCUUCCAAGAUCAUGAGUUCCUCAAAACUCUCUGUGCACAGUGGUUUAACGUGCAUAUCGAAAUAAGAGUCGCUGAUUUCAACGUUUUCUGUUGA